AUGGGUUUAGUUAAGGUUGUUAAAAAUAAAGCUUACUUCAAACGCUAUCAAACAAAAUUCAGAAGACGUCGUGAGGGAAAAACUGACUACUAUGCCCGUAAACGUUUGACCGCCCAGGACAAGAACAAAUACAACACCCCAAAAUAUCGUCUUAUUGUUCGUUUUACUAACAAAGACAUCAUUGCUCAAAUUGCUUAUUCCCGUCUUGAAGGAGAUGUUGUUAUUGCUUCAGCAUACUCUCAUGAACUUCCAAAGUAUGGACUUAAAGCCGGUUUGACUAACUACGCUGCAGCUUAUGCUACUGGACUCCUUUUGGCUAGAAGACAUUUGAAAAACAUCAAACUUGAUUCCAUCUACAAAGGUGUUGAGAAAGUUGAUGGAGAAAUCUACAAUGCUGAACAAGAAGGAGAAAACCCAAGACCAUUCAUGGCUAUUCUUGAUGUUGGUCUUGCUCGCACAACUACUGGUGCCAAAGUUUUCGCCGUCAUGAAGGGAGCAGCUGAUGGUGGUAUUUACAUUCCACAUUCAGAAUCACGUUUCUUUGGUUAUGACAAGGAAGGUUCAAGUUAUUCUGCUGAAGCUCAUCGUGAUCGUAUCUUCGGAAAGCAUGUUGCUGAAUACAUGACUCAACUUAAGGAAGAAGAUGAAGAUGCUUACAAGAGACAUUUCAGUAAAUUUAUUGCUGCUGGAAUGACUGCAGAAAAUCUUGAAGCCACUUACAAAAAGGUUCAUGAUGCUAUCCGUGCUAAACCAGAACGUGAAGCUAAGAAAGAGAAGACUGUUGAAAAGAAGAGACACACUGCUAAGAAACUCACUCUUGCUGAAAGAAAGGCUCGUGUUGCUUCCAAGAAGGCUUACCUUUUACAUCUUAAGUCUGCUCAAGAAGCUUAA